AUGACGACGAAUGAAGACAAGAACACCUUAUCAUCGGAGGCUCCACUUGCCCCUGUCACCGUCGAACGCAAUGUUCGCUUCGACCUUGACACCACACUUCCAAAGCGUUACUUGGCUAGAGGGUCGACUGCUCCUGAUAUGGACCAUCCUCAAGGAACAAUAGGGCACCCUCAAUAUGGCAUGAGUGUCCUCCAGCAACAUGCUUCCUUCUUUGAUCAAGAUGACAAUGGAAUAGUCAUCUUUCGGCGCCAGGGCUUGUAUUGUCUAACAAUGACAGCAGGCUCAAUUACAAGAAAUCUGUCAAAAUGUCGAAGCGAGAUUAGUGUUUCAUCUUCUAUACAAUUUUCUGUUAUCUACAUUCUUGAUACUUGA